UUUUUCGUUCCUGCAGAAACAAGAUGGCGAGCUCCAUAGGCGAUGAAACAUUUGGUAAAGUUUUACUCCGUGUCUUCACGUCAUCUCGAUCCUUUCUCAAAUCAAACCUUGUCGGGAAUUGUUUAUCAGCAACAGAUAUUGCUAUAGAGGAAAAUACUGAACUAUUGUCCAAGGUGGGAAGGCAAGAGCUGACAGCAAAAUUGUUAUCGACGCUCAUAGGUUUGGCCGCUUCACUCGGUAUAACAUAUUUUGCUCUAAAAUGGUUGACAAACGCGAUGGAUCCAACACAUAAAGAACGAAAAACGGCGACAGCAAGGGCUCAGAAAAUGCUCCAGCUUUUAGGUGUAAAGGAUGUUAAGCUAUCCGACCAUGAGCUGUGUAUUGCGGCGAACUUGGUGGAUCCACUGAGUGUGUCUGUGGACUGGAAGGACAUCGGCGGUCUGGAGAAAGUGGUUGAACAAAUUAGGGAGACUGUCAUAUUUCCAUUCAGGAGAAGAGACCUCUUCUGUAACUCCUCUCUUCUUCAGUCUCCAAAAGGAGUAUUGUUUUAUGGCCCCCCUGGUUGUGGUAAAACAAUGCUUGCCAAAGCUACAGCAAAAUCUGCAGGUGCUCGAUUUAUAAACUUACAAAUUUCCUCACUGGUUGACAAAUGGUAUGGAGAAUCACAGAAGCGUGCUGAAGCUGUAUUCUCACUGGCCAUUAAACUACAGCCAAGUAUCAUAUUUAUUGAUGAAAUAGAUUCAUUUCUCCGUGCAAGACAGUCACACGACCAUGAAGCUACAGCUAUGAUGAAAACGCAGUUCAUGAGUUUGUGGGACGGAAUCAUCACUGAUCCCAACUGUCAGAUUAUGGUGAUCGGUGCUACCAACAGGCCACAGGACGUUGAUGCUGCCAUCCUCCGUAGAAUGCCAUGUAUGAUCCAAAUCAACAAACCAGAAAAAAUUCAGAGGAGCAAUAUUUUGAAGAUUAUCCUGAAAAAAGAACAGGUUGAGGAACUUGACUUUGGUAAACUUGGAGAAAUCACAGAAAACUUUUGUGGAAGUGAUCUGAAGGAAGCCUGCCGUCUUGGUGCUCUCAACAGAGUUCAUGAGUUCUUACAGACAGCUAAGGGAGAGGAAAAUUUCUACGAUACAGAAAUUCCAGCAUUGAGAAAUAUAACCAUGGCUGACCUUGAAUUUGCUGUGGCCAAGGUAAAAGAGUCCAAACAUCUAACUUCCGGGUCACUGAUGUACUCUCAGCUGGACUGAUGAUGGUACACCCAAAGACAUUGCGACUGGUAUCAAAGUUCUACAAGUGAUGAUUCCCCAAUACUAAAAUCAUGGUUUUGGAUUACCAUGGUAAUUGUGAUGCUGUGAUAGUGUUGAUAAAUAAUUUUUUUAUUGAAAACCAAUAUUGAUAGUGUUGAUAAAUAAUUUUUUUAUUGAAAACCAAUAUUGCAGUGACAAAUUUGUUUCUUCAAAAAGAGGCUACAUAUUAAACAUAUUUAAUGUAUUAUACAUCAACAUCUAAACCUUGAAAAAAACUAC